UUGGAACAAUGGCGGCGAUGCACCGAGUGAAGAUCUAACCCGGUGUCGAUAUGAACGGCAAUUUGUAGAUGGAAUGGUUGUAAUAUCAGACCAUUUUGUCGUAGUACUGUAAUAUAAGGUCGUGGGUUAUUUGCAUUUAAAUGCUUGAUAGAAAUAAAUCAAUGGAGGAUAGUCAAGUGAGAAUGGAUGGCGUCUACACAACAGAUGGUGGCACAGUCAGUGUGUAUAUUGGACAUGAUAAGCCAUAUCAGUGUAAUCUUUGUGGUCAACGGUUUUCAAAUAGGAGAUAUCUUGUGAGUAUUCAUAUGAAAACUCAUACCGGAGAAGAACCAUUCAAGUGCAGUAUAUGUGGAAAGACACUGUCAAGUAAUCAAAGACUUGUUGGACACAUGAGAACACAUACUGGUGAAACACUUGAGAAACCUCACCAGUGUAAAUAUUGUCAAAAGAGUUUUACUAAACGAGACGUUUUAACAAACCAUAUGAGAUUGCAUGUUGGUGCUAAACAUAUUUGUACAGUUUGUGGGAAAAGCUAUUCAUGGCAGAGUGGUUUGAGAUCUCAUAUGAAAACACACAAGGAAAAUGAAGGUUAUUCCUGUAAUCUGUGUACAAAGAAAUUUGUUAACCAACAGCAGCUAGACUGCCACCUUAGAAUACAUGCUGCUGCUAAACAAUCAUUUCGUUGCAGCUUUUGUGAACAAGGUUUCUCCCUGAAAUGCGAUCUAGAAUCGCAUGUGAGAAGUGUUCAUCCUUCAAAUGGGAACUCGUAUGUGUGCAAAUGGUGUUCUAAGAAUUUCUCAAAUGAAAUAGACUUGGAUGUUCAUACACGUACAUGUACCAGGAAAUACUCAGCAGAAUCUAGUAAUUCAUUUGAGGAUGAUGAGGUGGUGUUAAUCAGUGAGCUGGGACCAUCCUGUAUUAACAACGGAACUUCAGAUAAUGACGUCUCAGUCGUUAGUAGCAUCACCCGUGAAAAUAUCGUUGGAGAGACUAAUGUGAAAAAUGACUCCAGUGUAACUCAUGCAGUCAAUAAUCUUGACAUAGAAUGCACAACAGUUAACUCUUCCAAUGGAGCUGUCACCAUUCAAAAUAACCAACAUUCUGCCGUAUCAGUUACAGAUACUCAGUUCAUUCACCAACCAUUACCAAAUGUGGAGCUGGAUUUGAAUACGCAGUCUCUUGGAAUGGUAUAUCAAUGUGAUCCCUGUGGCAAAAAUUUUAAACAAAAGUCAGAGUUAAUUGAACAUCUACAAAUACAUAAACGUGAAAAACCUUAUGAAUGUAAAUAUUGUGGUCUACGCUUCACAAACAGGAGAUAUUUCGAGAGUAUUCAUAUGAAAACACAUACUGGAACCAAUCCGUUUCGAUGUAAUGUUUGUGGAAAGACACUUUCGAGUAAUCAAAGACUUGUUGGGCAUAUGAGAACACAUACUAGGAAGACAUCAUACCAGAUUAUGAAACCAUACCAGUGUAGCCAUUGUCAACGAACUUUUGCUAAACGAGACCAUUUGAAAAAUCAUAUGCGAUUACAUUUGGGAGAAAAGUAUAAAUGCCCUAUUUGUGGGAAAAAAUUUUCAUGGCGGAGUGGUUUGAGAUCUCAUGUAAAAAUACAUACAGGAAAUGAAGCAUAUUCAUGUAGUUUGUGCGCAGAACGAUUUGAAAACAAACAGAAGCUGGAUAGUCAUUUUUUAAGAGUACAUGCGGGUGAGAAACCAUUUAGUUGUAACAUUUGUGGUUUAGGUUUUUUGCAGAAAGAUAAUUUAGACACUCAUAUGAGAAGUUGUCAUUCAGUACAACGAGAAUUAUAUCCAUGCAAAUGGUGCUCAGAAAGUUUCACAAAUUUAAAUGAUUUAAAUGUUCAUACGCAUAAAUGUAGCAAUAGGUAUGCGACAGAUUAUGCAAAUCAACUGCAAGGAGAAAGUAUGGUUCAGUCCAUUGAGAUUGCACCAUCCAGGAGUUUCACGAAUGAUACAUUUACUAAAAUGUCAAUGGUAGAAGACCCAAACCAACAAACAAGUGGGGCAGAGUCUAUUGAGGUUGCACCAGCCACGAGUUUCAUGAAUGAUACAUUAACUCAAAUAUGCAUAAUAGACAAAAAACAAGAAUCAAGUGGGGCAGAAUCUAUUGAGGUUGGAGCGUCACACAUAAACAAGGAAAUUUCAUCCGAGAUACCCUGUAUGAAUCUGCCCAGAGAUGAUGAAUGGGAUAAUUACUAUAAUAACGCCAGUUUCAAUCCUGAAGUGAACAUGGGGCCUCCAAAUAUUGCUUGUCCUGAAAAGCCACCUACACUUCCAAGUAACCAUCAGUCAGUAGCCGUCUUCUUUCCAAAUUCUCAGUUCAGCAACCAAACAAUACAGAACGGGGAGAUUAAUUUGAAUCACCGAAGUACGAACGAGAUAUAUCAAUGUCUUGUUUGUAACAAGAGUUUUAAAGGAAAGUCUGAAAUGAAAGAUCAUCUACAGGCACAUGAACGUGAUAAACCAUACCAAUGUGGCAUUUGUGGUCAACGCUUCACAAACAGGAGGUAUUUUCAGAGUAUUCACAUGAAAACUCAUACUGGAAACGAGCCAUUCAAGUGCAGUAUAUGUGGAAAGACACUUUCGAGUAAUCAAAGACUUGUUGGACACAUGAGGACACAUACUGGCGAGGCACUUAAGAAACCUCACCAGUGUAAAUAUUGUCAAAAGAAUUUUACUACACGAGACAUUUUAAUUAAUCAUAUGAGAUUACAUGUUGGAAAAAAACUUCAUUGUAAAGUUUGCGGGAAAACUUUUUCAUGGCAAAGUGGUUUGAGAUCUCAUAUGAAUUUACACUCAGGAACUGAAGCAUACUCGUGUAGUCUAUGUGCAAAGAAGUUUGUAAACAAACAGAAGUUGGACUGUCAUUUUAGAAUACAUACUAGACAAAAACAAUUCCAUUGUAGCUUUUGUGAAAUUAGUUUCAUGCAGAAAUUUAAUCUGGAUUCUCAUAUAAAAAGUGUACAUUUUUCAGAUGGAAAUUCAUACACGUGUAAUUGGUGUUCAGGGAAUUUCUCAAACGAAACAGAUUUAGAUAUUCACACACAGAAAUGUACCAGCAAAUCCUCAACCAAUAUAAUUCCCCAAGAGGAAGAGGAUUGUGUCGUCAUACCAACAUACACUGAUGAGGGAAUCUUAAAUGUAGAGAUUUCACCAGAGAAACGUGUGGAUAAUAUUUACUGUGAUAACACCAGUUCAACGCAUGAGGUUAAGCAGAUUGACUUGGACCAGCCAGUACCGGAAGUAACAGUUCCUGAAGAACCUUCGGAAAUACGAACAGACUAUUGCUCAUCCUUCUCUGUCACAAAUAUUGAGUAUACCAAAGAGGCAUUGCAGAUUGUAGAAUUAGAUUUGAAUCAGCAAUGUACACAACUUGGAUAUCACUGUGAACCUUGUGGCCAGACCUUUGAUCUGAAGUCUGAAUUAACUGAUCACAUGGAAUCACAUAGAAGUGAAAAACCAUACCACUGCAGUCAUUGUGGUCUUCAGUUCACAAACCGGAGAUAUUUCAAGAAUGUUCUCGCUUUAGAUUUCUCAGGAAAACAGGGUGCACUGAUCAAUUAA